AUGGGUGUCAACCAAGAUUCCACAGAACCAACGAUCGUGAUCAACCGCCUCAAAUUCACCUACCCAGGAAUCAACGGCCACCCGCCCCCCGGCGCCAAGCCCCUCAUCGAAGACUUCUCCCUCACCCUCAACGCAGGCGACCGAUGCCUCCUGGUCGGCUCCAACGGCGCCGGCAAGACCACCAUCCUCAAGAUCCUCGGCGGCAAGCACAUGGUCGACCUCUCCAUGGUCCGCGUCCUCGGCCGCUCCGCCUUCCACGACACCGCCCUCACCAGCUCCGGCGACCUCUCCUAUCUCGGCGGCGAGUGGCGCCGCGACGUGGCGUUUGCUGGGUUUGAUGUGCCGAUUCAGAUGGAUGUCUCAGCCGAGAAAUUGAUCAAUGGGGUGGCUGGGAUUGACCCGAAUAGAAGAGCUGAGCUGAUCAAGGUGUUGGAUAUUGAUCUCUCGUGGCGGUUGCAUAAGGUCUCAGAUGGUCAGAGAAGACGGGUUCAGAUCUGUAUGGGGCUUCUCAGACCAUACCAGGUGCUUCUGCUCGAUGAGAUCACGGUGGACCUUGACGUGCUGGCCAGGGCGGACCUGCUCAUGUUCUUGAAGAAGGAGUGCGAGGAGCGAGGUGCUGUGAUCAUUUACGCGACGCAUAUAUUUGAUGGAUUGGAGAAUUGGCCGUCACACAUUGUGUAUGUUGCUAAUGGGAAGCUGCAGUUGUCAAUGCCGAUGGACAAGGUUAAGGAGACUUACAAGCUGUCCCUCAUGAGGACGGUUGAGAGUUGGUUGAGGAAGGAACGCGAGGAGGAGAGGGCGAUAAGAAAAGAGAGGAAGGCAAGAGGUCUUCCCGAGUUUGAUGAAAAAAUUGAGGGAAGCCGAGUAGUGGUUAACAAUGGCUGGGCGGCUGGGCGCCUCAACUCGACUGUUGCUGGAGAAGAGAACUUUGUGUUGAGCUCGAACAGGGUUCUCAGGCAAUAGAUACUUGUAGAGAAUUUGAAUGUGCUGCCGCUGGUUUAAGGAUUUGUGACUGAUCUUGUUUGGGAUGAUUGUAUGACUUUGGUUUCUCUCCACGAAUCGGUUUGAGAUUUUUCAUGGAGCCCUUCAGUUUGGAUCCUUUGAAUUUCUGUGUUGCUAAAUUACUUUUUGUGUUCCAGUUCCGGCAGU